AUGGCUUCUUUGUGUGGAAUUCCUAAAUAGUUUUCUCGUCUUUCCAAAAUGAAAAAUUCUUAUUCUUUUUUCACAAAAUAAUAUAUUUAAACUAUGUUUUAUAACUUUUAAAACUUCGUAACACACAAAAAUAAUGCUGGCACUUGUUGGUAACGUCUUUGGUUGUCUUUGUCGGUACACAAGAAGUAGCAAAGCAUUCUUUCUUACAAAUCAAGUUUAUUGAUUAACCAUUUAUCAGACGUGUGAGACUAAUAAUAAGGACAAUCACACAAACGAAAAAAAAAAGAAAAAAAAAAGGGAAUGCUGCCGUUGUUCUUGUCCUUAGUGUCUUCUUCUUGGUUAAGUCUUAUUUCAUUUGAUUUGCAUUGGUCGGCUUCUAUUUCUGAAUCAAAGAACUUGAAUUCGAGAAAUAGUAAUUUUUUGAGACUGUUGGUAACAGUACUAUGGAAAACGAGUCUGUAAAAUCCGAGCACAGUGGUCGUUCACGUCGCUCGCGGAAUCAUAAUAGCAAUUCAGGUGGAGGAGGAAACGGUGGCGGAGGUGGUGGCACCAUUAAUAAUAGUUAUCAUCGAGAUAGGACGAGACACUCGCAUCGAAGUACGCAUUCCAAAUCAAGCAAGCAGCCCAGAGAUAUGGCUCCGUUCCAAACAAGCGUCAAUAUGACUGGAGACGAAAAUCGUGAUGGACAAGAGAUUAUCGAAGUACAAAUACUACCACAAGAUGAAAACUGGGGCGAAAAUACAACCGCAGUCACAGGCAACACGUCUGAGCAAAGCAUCUCCAUGGAGGACAUUAACAGCACAUGGAAUAGAGAUAACGAGACGAGUUUAGGUUUCGCCUGCAAGCGAUAUAUAGAAUCAGUAUUUUGUCUUAUUCUUGGUUUUGUGUCAUUCUUUUCACCAGUGGCAAUGGUAAUGAUGCCAAAGUUGGGAUUUUUUCCCUCUGCUUUCGAUCAUCCUGAGCUAACACAAACGGUCAAAACACAACUACUCGCAUGUAGUAGCGAAUGUAAAGGACUUUUGGUAUCACUGACAGCAAGACUGAUUUUACUAGCCCUUGGUUUGUGGGCUUUGUUUUUACGACGACCUAGUGCAACUAUGCCAAGAAUAUUUUUAUUUCGAGCCACUGUUCUACUGCUGGUUACAGUGUCAACAUUUUCUUAUUGGCUUUUCUACAUUGUGCAGGUAACAAAUGGAGCCAAGAUAGUCGUAGAAACAGGAGGUGAUGCUGUUGAUUAUAAAUCGUUGGUUGCAUAUGCAACAAAUUUUGUCGACACUCUUAUAUUCAUUCAUUAUAUUGCGGUUGUUCUACUUGAAUUGAGACACACACAACCGACGUAUUAUGUAAAAAUCAUACGCUCCCCUGACGGUGUGAGCCGGUCAUAUACACUUGGCCAGCUAAGUAUUCAGAGGGCUGCGGUAUGGGUACUUCAACGGUACUAUGUCGAUUUUCCCAUAUACAAUCCGUAUUUGGAACGAAUUCCAAUAUCGAAGUCGCAAAGAAACAAAAUCUCUACGAGUUUUAAAUACUACGAGGUCGAUGGUGUGAGUACAGCUCAGCAACAAAGUCAGAGCAGGGCUGUUUUAGCUGCUAAUGCUCGUCGUCGUGAUUCUUCUCACAAUGAACGAUUUUACGAAGAACAUGAAUACGAACGUCGAGUGAAAAAGAGACGUGCACGUCUCAUUACCGCUGCAGAAGAAGCAUUUACGCACAUCAAACGUAUACACAAUGAACCCGCCCCAGCCAUUCCACUUGAUCCACACGAAGCUGCACAAGCAGUUUUUCCAUCAAUGGCCCGUGCUUUGCAAAAAUAUCUCCGAGUAACCCGCCAACAACCACGACAUACAUUCGAAAGUAUUCUUAAGCAUUUAGCCCACUGCCUGAAACAUGAUCUAUCACCGAGAGCAUUUUUGGAACCAUAUCUCACCGAAACGCCUGUUCUUCAAAGCGAAAAAGAACGUCGCUGGGUUCAAUCGUGGUCGCUUAUCUGUGAUGAGCUUUUAUCACGGCCUAUAUCCAAUGAAUGCACAUUUCAAUUAAUUCAAAAUGACGUUUCGCUAAUUGUGGCAAUACAUAAAUUGCCACAUUUUAACAUAUCGGAGGAAGUAGUCGAUCCCAAAAGUAACAAAUUUGUAUUAAAACUCAAUUCAGAAACAUCAGUAUGACAAAAUAGUAACCAAACAUCAUCCUCAUAUUUGCACAUUUUAGUAUAGAAAAAAAUAUUUAUAAACUAAAAAGCUUUUACGAAGACAACAUAUCAAAACAAAAAAAGAAAUCUUUUUAAAAAAAGCAUUCGAAUAGUAUUCCUCAUCCGUCAUCCUAUCCUUGUCUUGUGUCCUUAACCCACAACAGAUUUCCUUAAAAGUAAACAAAACAUACUUCACAAGCAAUUAACUUAAAAAACACGAAAUCUCGUUUCUUAACACAUUAACUAAUGCUUUACUUCUUUUAUUUUUUGUUUCUAGUAUAUAUGUAGUUUCUUUUUUAUUUAGGUUAGAACUCAUUAAAUAUUAUUCCAUUGUAGGCUUUAAGAUUAAUACAUUUUUUUAUUUUAGACAAUUAACGCGCUCAUACUAUGUAAAAUUAAAGAUUCCUCUUGACAUGAUAAUAAUACUGAGAGUAAUGAAAAAUACAUUUUAAGUAUUUUAUACUCCCAAUGACUGCUACGAAAAAAGAACAAAAAAUUAAAAAAAAAAUAAUUAUAAAAUAUAAGAUUAGAAUUUAAGAACAAUUUUUUACUAUAAACGGUAAGUGCACAAAAAUAAAUAACUAAAUAAAAAAAAAAAAAUAAAAUAUAUAUAAAAUACGAAAUACACAUGACAACUAUUUAAUAUAUUUAUUCCUUUUAUUUUAACCAUUUUUUUUAUAAUCUAGACAAUUUUUCGUAAACAAAAAAUAAUCAUUUUAUAACGCAUUUUAUUAAAGCAACAACAAAUAAACAAAAAGAGGUUGAAAAUCAAAAAUUUUGUAUAAUGAAGAGUCGCAUUCGUACGCUAGUUGAUUAAGAGAUUUUAGCUAUAAGAAGAAAAAAAGUGAACCUUUUUGUAAGAUAAAGUUCCAUUUUGUAAACUCGAA